CUAGGCUUGUCUGUAGGAAAUAUUCUAAAUAGUGGUGAUGAUGAUGAUGAAGUCUCUAAAACUUCUGUUUUAUUGCAAAGGUUUCAGUUGCAACUCCUGGCAACCUGGGGCUGGAAUUCCCAAGCUGACAUUGCUAUCGACAACAUCACAUUUGGACUGGACUGCUUCACUGACGGAAGACAAGCAAAUCACUUUGGUGGGAAGCAUCAGUACCCACGGGAGAUCAAUAUCUUGGAUGAUCAUCUUCUGAACCCCCUGGAAGAGCCCUCCCUCCCAGGGGACACAUCUGUUGUUCUGUGGUGGUUCACAACAUGUGGGGCCAGUGGUCCACACGGACCAACUCAAGCUCAGUGCGACAGUGCCUAUAAGAACAGCAAUGUGUCGGUGACUGUGGAGAAAGAGGGCAGGCUUCGGGGAGUGCAGAUCUGGAGAGUGCCAGCCACGAACCGAUACAGGAUUUCUGCCUAUGGAGCAGCUGGAGGGAAGGGAGCCAAAAACCACAAUAAGAGGUCCCACGGGGUGUUCAUCUCGGCCACCUUCCAGCUGGAGAAAGAUGAGCUGCUGUACAUCUUAGUGGGGCAGCAAGGGGAGGAUGCCUGCCCUGGGGCCAAUCCUGAAACACAGAAGAUCUGCCUAGGGGAGUCAUCUCCCAUUGAAGAAGAUUACAACAAAAAGAAGGUCCUGAAGGACUGGGCUGGAGGAGGUGGGGGGGGAGGAGGAGCAACCUACAUCUUUAGACAGAAGGAUGGGAUUUUCGAACCUUUGCUCAUCGCAGCAGGAGGAGGAGGAAAAGCCUACCUGAAGGCUCAGGACAGCUCCCUAGAUGACAUACCCCUGGAGCAAUUUCAGAACAGCACCGCAGUACCUGGAGUCAGUGGAAGGACUGGGGCAGCAGGUGGAGGUGGUGGCUGGCAAGAUGAGACACUGCUUCCUCAGGCUGGGAAGUCCCUUCUGGAAGGUGGAGAAGGGGGUCAAGCUUGUCCCCAAGCACUAGCCAAGCUCCAGUGGGCUACCUCUGGUGGUUUUGGUGGGGGAGGAGGAGCUUGUACUUCUGGUGGAGGAGGCGGAGGCUACAGAGGGGGACAUGCCUCUGGUAAUGAUGAUAUCACAGCUGGUGGGCAGGAUGGCAUCUCUUUUGUGAAUCCCAUUGGAGAGAUCUUCUUGCAUCCCCUGGCAGCCAUGGAGAGUCACGGUGAGGUGGAGGUUCAGAUCUAUCUUAACUGCAGCCAUUGCCACUCAGACAACUGUAAGCGGGACCCUGACACCAACCUCCCAGUCUGCCAGUGCGAGAUGGGGGCUGUUUUAGCCAAUGACAAUGUCACCUGCACUGUGCCCCAGAGUCCUAUCACAGAGGGACACCUUCCUCUUCCACUCCUCCUAGCUGUGGUGGCUGUGAUUGUGGUGCUUGGAAUGAUCCUUACUUGCGGCAGCCUAUCUAUCAUUUAUCACCUUAAGAAGCAGCAGCUGGAAGGAGCCAGAGCACGACUGCAGAGCCCAGAAUAUAAACUGAGCAAAAUCCGCACAUCAGCCAUCAUGACAGAUUACAACCCCAACUACUGCUUCGCAGGGAAAGCUGCCACUCUGAGUGAGCUGAAGGAGAUCCCACGGAAAAACAUCUCUCUGCUUCGGGCACUAGGGCAUGGUGCAUUUGGUGAGGUUUAUGAGGGAACCGUGGUAGGCAUUGCAGGGGAUCCCAGCCCUCUUCAAGUGGCUAUCAAGACCCUGCCGGAAGUCUGCUCUGAGCAGGAUGAGAUGGAUUUCCUGAUGGAAGCAUUGAUCAUCAGUAAGUUCAAUCACCAGAAUAUUGUGCAGUGCAUCGGUGUUAGCCUGCAGACGCUUCCUCGCUUCAUUCUGCUUGAGCUCAUGGCUGGAGGAGACAUGAAGAGCUUUCUUCGGCAGAAUCGACCCAGGGUGGUGAGAUAACUUCCCUUAAUCAACCAUCCUCUGCUGAACAUAGCUAGGGAUAUUGCCUGCGGCUGUAAAUAUCUGGAAGAGAAUCAUUUCAUCCACAGAGAUAUAGCUGCAAGGAAUUGCCUUUUAACCUGCACUGGAGCAGGACGAAUAGCCAAGAUUGGUGACUUUGGGAUGGCCAGGGAUAUUUACAGAGCAAGUUACUACCGCAAGGGAGGAAGAGCCAUGCUUCCUGUCAAGUGGAUGCCACCAGAAGCUUUUCUAGAGGGCAUUUUUACCUCCAAGACUGAUACUUGGUCCUUCGGUGUGCUGCUUUGGGAGAUUUUCUCUCUAGGCUACAUGCCCUACCCUUGCAAAACUAACCAGGAAGUGCUGGAAUUUGUCACCAGUGGAGGAAGAAUGGAUCCACCAAAAAGCUGUCCAGGGCCAGUGUACCGGAUCAUGACGCAGUGCUGGCAGCACAGCCCAGAGUAUCGGCCAAACUUCUCCACCAUCCUGGAAAGAAUCAAGUAUUGCACACAGGACCCUGAUGUGAUCAACACUGAGCUGCCCAUGGAGUGUGGCCCCGCACCAGAGGACGAAGGGAGUACGGUCAUGCGCCCCACCAUCUCCAGUGGGAUAGUGCCCCUGUUGGUAAGCCCUUCCCUCACGCCACAGACAACGCCCAAGACGCUGGACUCCCACCAUGCUGGGCAUAAACUUGUACAGUGUCCACAAGAGCUGCUGGUGGACAACCUGAGCAGCCAGGCUGCUCAAGGGCCCAGCCCGCCAUGCCUCAGCGAUUUCAGCAGCAGGUCCUGGUGCCAGCAGGCCUCCAACCAGAAGUUGGAGCUCAGCAAUCCGCCAACCCACAGACUUAAAAACAAAACAAAAAAUCUUUGGAACCCAACCUAUGGAUCGUGGGUGCUAGAGAACAUCUGUCACUUCAGCCCCAGCUCCAAGCUUAAAGCAACUCCAGAGCGGGAAGAUUCAGGCUUUGAUGGGAAUUGCAGUUCUUCUAGCUCUCGGGCAUCUCCAGCAUCUCCGAGUCGAAGCAACUGCCCUCACCUGGAUAUCGGUGGGAUUGAACUGGUGAAACUCCAGACUUUCCCCUGCGGCAAUGUAAAUUAUGCUUAUGAUGACCUGUGCUACAGCACUGACCACCAGCCGCCAGCUUUGGCAGAGGUCAGAGCAGCUGUGCUAAGGAGCUCCAGCCUGCCUAGAGAUGAAAAGCCUUUUUAUAAAACAGAGAAAACAUCAAGAGAGAGGGACUCCGGUCUGUCUUUGUCAGAUGACCUGAGUGUUACUCCACUAUAA